AUUGUUUCUUGGGGACCAUGAACGCAGCAAAAGUAUCCGGAUGUGACGCAAAUGACGUAUAUCGUUCAAGAUGGCAGCGCUGGCGUCCUUGAUGCUCCAGUCCAGAGCAGGUGUGUUGCUACCUGGUCAGACGUCUCUUCUCCACUCAGUGAGGUUUGCAUCUAAGAAGGCUGGUACCAGCAGUAAGAACUUGGGCGGAAAUAGCCCUGGUAGAAGAUAUGGUUUCAAGAAACAGGAUGGUCAUUUUGUCCAUGCGGGUAACAUUCUUGCAACACAGAAGUUGAUGAGGUAUCACCCAGGAGCAAAUGUCGGCAUUGGCAACAGGAGGACGCUGUACGCUCUGGAGGACGGUUACGUCAGAUUCACUAAAGAGGUCUACAUCCCUCACCCACGCAGCUGUCAGGUCACCACCAUCCUCACCAGGCUGCCGAGAGGAGCUGUGCUCUACAAGACCUUCAUCAGCGUCCAGCCACUCAAACAGGAGGGCAAGUUUAAACUUGUGGACAUGGUCUAAAACUGACUGGACUGGACUAGGACAGCAUUGUCUCCCAGGCUUUCUUGCGGUGUCCAGGAUCAAGAAAGAUCUUUUUUUUUUUGGACUGGUUUCCAGAGAUCUAAGUGAAGAGCAGAUUGUCGACUCGUGGCCUCUCUUUGGCUUUCUCUCUCCAUAAUUAUGUCAUAUACACUACUGGUCAAAAGUUUUAGAACACACCAACUUUUCCCGAAUUUAAUUGAAAAUGAUGCAGUUUAUUGUCUCAGUCUACUCUGAAAUGAAUGCACAUUUAAAAUUCUUUAUUGAGCAUGAUAGUGUUUUGAAAAUAAAAAAAAGAUUCAAAA